AUGGGUGACGAGGAUGAGCUGAAUGGAGACAAAAGCAGCAGUGAAGAGGACAUCUUCAUUGCGGUGUAUGGCACGGUUGAUCACAGCUCAGCUUCAGAUGAGUCUGACUCCAAUGAACCUGCACCACGCCGUAACAUUUGUGACUUGAUGGGCCAUUAUCUGUUAGAUUACCCGUCGCCAGACAGUCCACUUGGCUAUACAGACAAGCUGGACACGCCCAAGUUCCUGCCGACGGCCAAGCGCGUGCGUGCACAGCUGCAAGAUGUAUGUGGAUUCCUGUCGGCGUUAGCGGUGGCGUCGGACUACAAGGCUGGAGAAGAGAUUAUUGACGAAAAGAAAUUUGCCGACUGUGCCGAGUUCUUUCUUCAGGAGAUGUUUGAACUGGGUAGACGAUACAAGAUCAUGAACCCAGAGAAAUGCGCGAAAAUUCGCACUGUGCACGAUGUGGCGGAAGCUGGUGGUGCUUUGGAUAUGUUACAUUCAGCGCCAGAUAAAGCAGAAGGAGCAGGCAUUCAAGCUUUGAGCGACAAGUACGAAAGCCGACGUUUCUCACGUGAUUGUCUCCAGCAGUGUCUGUACUCGAUCGCAGAUAACAAUUACCAUCUGUACUUCGAGCGCGACCCGAUCGAUCGCAUGAUUAAGCUUCUAAUUACGAAUUUCAACCCAGACGACGAGGAUGGAGAUAGUUCUUUGGCCAUCAUUAGCGGAAAUGACGGUGCACGAUUGUCCCAUUCGCACGAUCGGCAGUACAACUAUGUGCUUCAGUCUCUGACGCUCUGGCGCGAGAUCGCGCAUGACAUGUUCCGCCUGUGGUGUCUGACAGACGAGGACCUACUCACCGAUGUCACACGGUAUGAGCUGACGGAGACCGGUCAGGGUCUGCACCGCAUCCAGUCUGCGCCUCGUGUUUCUCGUGCCAUGCACGUUAUUCUUCCCUCUACUAUGCGCAGUUUAGACUCGUGGGUGGGCUCAAGUGUCAUCCGUUUUGGAGACAAGAAUGUCCCCAACGCGCUCAUGUUCAUCAUUACAACCAGCACACUAUUCUGGCAGACUUCUUCCGCGAAGCUUUCGGCGACAGCGGAGCGGACAAUUUUUUCGAGGCUGGAUCAUGCAUUGAUGGACGACUUACGAGCGAGCGCCUGGAAUUGGUGCUCGAACCUCCACACAAAGCCAUUCUUCCCUAUUUUCAAGAUUACAGGCUUUGUAGGCUUUGAUGGCAAGUUUGGAUAG